AUGGGACCAGUGGAUUAUUCACUUUGCAAAUUUGCGACUGUUAAUGAAUGGGAUGAUGGAAAGAAGUUGGCCUUCCUUACAGUGCGACUGCUGGGCUGUGCUCUGUCUGUAUUUCAGAGACUCCCAGACGACAAGAAGGACACCUACGAUCAUGCCAUGGCUGCUCUGAAAGAGUAUUUUGACUCACCUGGCAAGCUUGAUUUGUAUCUGACCGAGUUAUCUACGAGAAAGCGUGGUCAUAUGGAGUCAUGGGUUGACUACAGUGAAGUAUUAAGGAAUUUGGCUGAGAAGGCCUACCCUGACCUAGACAAAUCAGCUACUGAACAUAUUGCAUUGACACAAUUUUUAGCUACAAUUACUGAAAGCCAAGUGGCUUUUGCUGUGAAACAAAAGAUGCCAAGAAUCCUGGAUGAAGCUGUGACUAUGGUCAUGCAGACUGAGGCUCAUUUCACUACUACUCGUAUCGACUCAACUAGUGCAGCUGCAGUGGUAGCUACAGCUUCAACAUCAGCAUAUGAGAAGCUCAUUGAUGCAGUCAAAAUUUUGACAGGAAGACUACAGAAGCUGGAAGCGAAGCUAGCUGCCAGCAACAGACCUUUGACGUCACAAAACAAACCACAAAGACCACCUCCAAGGAGGGAUCCACAGUCCAUUGUAUGUUUUAAUUGUCAACAGCCUGGUCAUUUAGCUAGAGGUUGUUUGGCUCCUAAGAAACAAGGAAACGGGAAACCCUCAGCCCAGGAAAGCAAGGGUUGCAGGACUGAGAGUAUUACAAUGGCCCUAGAUGAACAAUGUACAUCCCUUGCAUUUGCUCUUUCAUCUGUCAACCCUUCUCUUACAUUUCAUGUCCCUGUCUUCAUUUGUGGUUUUGAAUGCUCAUUUUUAGUUGAUACUUGUGCUGCUGUUACCUUGAUAGCAUCUAUUUGGGAAAGGUACUGUGCUUCUUCAUUCAAGUUAUUAGAAGAAGUGCCACACCAGUUAGUCAAUGUCACAGAUAACCCCUUGCAAGUUCAAGGAUCAGCUCAGUUAAUACUAACUAUAGGUGAGAACUCCUUUCAUACUAUAGUUACAAUUGUGGAUCACCUUGCAGAACAUGACAUUAUUGGUUUGGAUUUCCUGAGAACACAUUCGUGUACCUUCGAUUGCAAAUCUGAAGUUCUACACUUUCCUGUGAUGCAGCAAACCAUACCAUUACAGUCUGAAGGAUCAGAUGUCACAAUACAAGCAGUACUUGAGAGCACUGUUAAGGUACCACCACAAUCGGAAGUGGAAGUUUUUGUACUGGCAAACAAUUUUGAACAAAAAAGGGAAGGGGUACAUGGUUGCUAG